GUAGGUUGCAAUAGAUUCCUAGAUUCCAACACUGUUAAAAGACAAGUUAUAAUGUCUGAAAGCGAAGAAGAAUAUUCGACGGAAGAUGAGUCCGAGGAAUCUGGAACUGAAAACGAAAAAAAUGAGGAAUCUGGAACUGAGGACGAAAAAAAUGAGGAUUCUGGAACUGAGGAAGAAAAAGAAGAGAAUAAUAGCAAAAAACACAAUGGACAUGAAGAUGAGGAGAAUCCUCGCAAUGGUGACGUUUCAACUGAACCUUCUAAUAAAAGCACAAAUGAUCAAAACAGUGGGUAUAGGACUGAUAAAGAAAACAAUGUCGAAAAAACUGAAAACAAGGUCGUCACACCAAUACUUGUCCCUCCAGAAAUUCAUCCUGGCGAACAAUCACUUCAGUUGGAAAGUAUUUAUAAAAAGCGAAUGGAUAAAGAUAUGACAGAAUUACAAACAUUGAUCAACUCGCAUUUUGAAGCAAGAAAAAAAGAAGAAGAAGAUCUCGAACUACUCAGAAUUAGGAUUGAAAAAAGAAAAGCGGAAAGAGAGGAACAGAUGAAAAUAAGGAUGGAAAUUGAAAAAGAACGACAGACUCGCGAAAAAGAGGAAAGAAAGAAAAGAGAAGAGGAAGAAGACCAAAAGAGGCAGGAAGAUGAAGUGCGUAAAAAGGCUGCAAUUGGCAUGUCAUUACACUAUGGAGGUUACCUUGCCAGAGCUGAAAAGAACAAGCCUAACAAAAGACAAACCGAACGUGAAAAAAAGAAGAAAUUUCUUGCCGAUCGAAGAAAACCCCUCAAUAUCGAUCAUCUCAGCACAGAAAAAACACAAGAAAAGGCUCGAGAACUGUGGAAUUGGCUCUAUAAACUCGAAGAAGAAAAAUAUGAUUUUGAGCAAAGAAUUCAGAGACAGAAAUAUGACAUCUCUCACCUGCGACAUAGAGUGAACGAGUACAUGGGGAAGUUUUCGUCAACUAAAAGGCAAAUGACUGCCAUGGGACCAAGAUCAGGUAUAGCGGCAAAAUCGAGCGUUUUUAAGUAGAAAAAAAGAGCAUUUAUAUUUAUAAUUAUUUCUGCUUCACGAGAGUGUUCAAUCAAAUAUAAAAAAAACGACAAAAUAAAUGCAUGCACACACCAAGUGACCACGCUUGCUUAGUAUAUUCUGUAAUUAUAUCUGUUUUACUUAUUUUUUAACUGAAAAAAUAGCAGCUAAAUAAAUUUUUAUUAGAGCAAAUGUCCGUGAAUGAAAAUGUACACCGGUGCAAAUGUACGUGGG